GUCAGCAAUAAAUCACGCCGUCGAUAGCCCUUUGCUUUCUAUAUGAAACGUUCUAAUCGGGUAAGACAAAUGUAACAUUGUACACUUUUUUUUUCUCUCGUAUCACACGACGCUUCGGUGCGAAUGAGAUGCUAAUAGGGUUAUCAGUGGUUCGUUGCUGUAGAGUUCACAUCGAAUACAAAGUCAAGUGUAUGUGUGUUUCAAGCAUUGUGCUAUUCAUUAUACGACAUAGCGGUCUCACAUCUCUCUGUGCAUGAACAAUUCUUGUGCAAAUUUCACAUUUUUUAACGAAUCAGUUUAGCGUUCAAUUAAAAUCGCGCAAAAUGGUGUUGGUACCAGAAGAAGUUAGGUGCGCGGUGUGCAAAAGCAUAUUCUGUUGUUUGGAAUGCCGUAAUCGACAUGAGCUCUCCGCUCACAAUCCAAAUGAUGUAUGGGCCGAACGGAAUCGGAUGCAAUGCGGCCUAUGCCAAGGUUAUCCAACAAUGGAAUUUCAAUGUCGCAAUGAUUUUGCGCUCAUCAUGCAUUUGUGUCAGGCUCAUUUGCCAUUGCAUUGCAAAAAAUGCCGAACGCAAUUCAAUUCAAUCAGCGAUUUUUCAUCGGCCAAUAAAUGUUCGCACAUGAACGAUGUAUGCAGUUUGCAAUCGCCAAAAGACUAUAGCACCAAUAAAAUUGACAAUCAAUCGGCCUGCACCAAAGAUGCAUCACAUGUUAAUUUCGUGACGGCCGUGCAAAAGUCAUCGUUUGAAAAGAGUAUUUCGGACAGUGUGAUUUCGUUGCGCAAUUAUUCGACCAUUCUGCACACAUCGAAUCAUCCAUUGUACAAAACACAGAGUCCAGACGCAAUGGAAAAGGCUUUGGUACGACAAACGUCAACGCCAAUGCAUCACAAUUUGAUGUGUGCUAAAUCUCCCGAUGACAAUGGACAAUGUAGUUCGUGCUUGACUUCAUCGCUAGGGUAUAACAGUAGCAGCGAUUCGGAUACCAGCACCAAUCCAACGAACGAUAUUAGGCAGAACGUUCAACAGCAAAGUAUUAUGGUGACACAGAAGAAAACAACAACAAUCAAGCGAUCCAGACAUUCACUUGCCGUGACACCGCUUACACGCCAAGUUAUGACAAAAAGUAUUCAUCGUGCCAUUCUUGAAUAUCAACAUUCGCAGCAUGGAACGGUGUUGAGCCCAAAAUCACCACUCGAUUUACGUGUCCGUUCGACCAGUUCGCGGGAUACUAGCAAAACCGAACAUUUGGCAUCAAAAUCCAUCGAAAAAAGUCGCAUUUCAAUGUCAGCUGUUCUUAAAACCAAUUCAAUGGAAUCUAGAACCAGCGCCUUGGAAACGGUUUAUGAACAAGAAAAAGAUGCAAACACUGAUGCACCAAAUUGUUUUGAUCAUGAAAAUUAUGUGGAAAUUGUCGAACACACAAACGAUAAUCACAGCAUUGUCAAUGAACUAAUGACAUCAGAACCAAUUGGAGAGACACCCGUUUUAGUAUCACGAAAAUUGUCCAGCGAAAAAAUUGGCUCAACCGAUGGUGGCGACCAUGAAGUUUGGUAUACACCUAAGGAAUUUGUACAGACCAAAGUCAUCGAAAAUAUUGAAAUUUACACACCAAAAGUGUCGAAGAAGCGUACCACCGUUCGUCGCUUUGAUGAUGACGAAUACGAUACGGAAAUUGAAAGCCAAACUCCGAUUGAAAGUAUCGCUGAAUUGGGCCACGACUCCCAUUUGUCCAAUGUAUCGAAAAGUGAACCAAAAAAAUCGUCUGGAAGUAAAAUCUGGUCAUAUGUGUCAACAUUUCUACGAUUUGCAUCGUUCACACCUGAUUUAUCGAUGCCGGAGAUGAAAGGGGAAGACGUUAAAUCUCAUGUGAUUAUCAAGCGGUGUGCAUCAUUUACAGGAAUAUUGCGUGAAAAAAACCCACAAACACCUUCGGAUGGAGAAGAAAGUGAGAGUGAUUCGUCGCAACCAAUCAAACGUCGUCGAGUUACUUCCAUAGACACCUUGGACGCAUCUUUAGAGCCAGCGAAUUAUCGAAAGCGGAUCAUGUGCCGCCCACCCAUACGUAGGAUGCUGAACAAUUAACCAUUUUCUUUUCUGUUAUGUAAAUCAUGUGACUUGUAAAAAUUGUUAUUUAUUUAUCAAAAUAUGUCUGAAUGAAUGCUAUGUAUAAUUCCAGUCAAACGUAUGCGAGAAAGAAAAAAAAAAACUGUUCCGUAGCACCUAAGUAAUGACUUUGUUUGUAUAAAAUCAAAGAUAAUUCCAAAUGAUUGAUUGGCAUUUUAGUCAGUCCAUUCAUCAUAUAACAAUGCAUAAAAUGCAAUCGAAAAUGUAGAAAAAAAAGUCCAAAAAUGUAUCCAAUACUUUAUAAUUGAACCGGAACCCACACAUAAACGUCACAAUAAAGAACAAAAAAAAGCACGAAGUAUCAAAUUGAAAAA